CAAUUGGUUACCAACCGCAAACCGGAAAGCAACUUCAAGACUGGUCUAGGUAAUCCGGGUGUGACGGUGGUUAUAGGUGCACAAUGGGGAGAUGAGGGUAAGGGGAAGCUCGUGGAUUUGCUUAGUUCUAAUGCGGAUGUUGUUUGUCGCUGUCAGGGGGGAAACAAUGCUGGACACACAGUAAUGACAGAUGGAAAAAAAUAUUUCUUCCAUAUUCUUCCCAGCGGAGUUAUAAAUCCCCGCGCUGUGGCUGUCAUCGGGAAUGGAACUGUCGUAAAUUUACCCGCACUUUUUGAGGUUUCCAACAAAAAUGGUCUUAAAGAUUUGGAAAACAGAUUGAAAAUUUCAAACAGGUGUCACUUAGUGUUCGAGUUUCAUCAACUGAUGGAUGGUCUUGAGAUUCGUGGGAAUGGUCUUAUAGGUACGACAAAGAAAGGGAUCGGUCCAGCCUACUCCUCGAAGGUUACACGCAACGGCCUAAGGAUGUGUGACCUUGUCGGGGAUUGGGACGAAUUUGUCAAGAAGUACACCGACUUGGUCAAUUACGUAAAACGAAGAUAUCCGAAGUUAGAAAUAAAUGUGCAGGAAAGCUUGGAAGUAAGUCAUUGCCCUAAUUUGAUUGUGUUUUGGUAUCAAGUCCCUUUUCGUUGUACUUCCGUUCACUUCAUUUUUACAGCCAUUAACCAUACUCUUUCAUGCGUCUUUCAGGCAGUAUCAUCAUCAGUAAAUGGUCGACCUCCAUACAUUACUUUGGGGGGUCAUGUGCGACACAUGUCACCAGAUGGGUUGCCACGGCGAGCAAUUUUCGCCGGGUAUGGUAGUGUUUUUUAUUACACGAAAGUUAGUACAGUAAAAGGAGUAAACCCCAUGAUCCGAAGAUAUACUGUAAGUGGGAAGGUAUGGGGAUCAUUCUAG